AGGUAUAAAAGACACUGACUGAAUGACCAGAGCAACAUCAAGACCUCAGAGAAUCCACCACCAUCAUUCCUCAGUGUACCACACAUCGUAUUCAACAUGGGCAGGAUCAUCUUUUUUGAGGACAAGAACUUCCAGGGUCGACGCUAUGAGUGUGACAGCGACUGUUUGGAUUUUCACACUUACCUGAGCCGCUGCAACUCCAUCCGCGUGGAGAGUGGGGCUUGGGUAGUGUACGAAAGGCCCAACUACAUGGGCUACCAGUAUAUCCUGGUCAGGGGAGAGUACCCUGAGUACCAGCGCUGGAUGGGGCUGAGUGAUCGCCUCAGCUCCUGCAAGAUGAUCCACUUUACCAGUGGGACCACAUACAAGAUGCAACUGUAUGAAAAAGCAGACUUUGGAGGCCAAGCUGUAGAAGCCACAGAGGACUGCCCCUCACUCCUGGAGAAGUUUCGCUGGAGGGAGGUCAACUCUUGUAAGGUCCUUGAUGGCUGGUGGGUUUUCUAUGAGCGCCCCAAUUACAGUGGUCGCCAGUACUUCCUGGAAAAGGGGGAGUACCGGAAGCCUGGUGACUGGGGUGCUGUCAGCGCUGCAGUGCAGUCCUUCAGACGACUCACUGAAUGAAGGAAGCUCCAUUGAAAGUAUCUCCAACAUAUUGGAUGAGYUUUGUCAGCACAUUAAAGGUCACAGUUCUGUAUGACUCUGUUGUGAUUUUCAAUUGAGGUUUCAACAAUUAAAAACUGAAAUUUAAAUCCAAGACUUUA